AUGAGCAAGAAAAAAAGGGACCAUUUUUAAGAGUUUAUUAUGGUUUCCAAGUAGCUAUUAUUGAUUAUGCUCAGAACAUAUUAGGAGUUCAAGAUGCAACAUCAAGGAAUUAAAAUAAUUUUUAUUAAGAAUAUGACUCUGAAGUUGUAGACAUAAAUAUCUGAAAAAAAUAAGAAGACAGAUUAAAGAAUGGAAGUAUUAUUUGAUUAAUUAAGUUAAGAUUUUGAAAUUACCAAAAAAUUAAUAUCCAUUUUAAGUCUGA